AUGAAAGAAGAUGAUCAUCCAGGAUUAUUUUCAUUUCGCUCCCACCGCCUCCGAAUCAGUUUCCUCCUAUCGAUUGCUUUUUGUGUGACGGUAUGCAUGCGAGUAAAUAUGAGUCUUGGAGUCACUUGCAUGGUCAACGCGACGGCUUUUGCACCGAAAUCGAUCCUACUUGACAACGAAAGUUUACCGACAAGAAGCUCAGCAAGUUGUCAUCCGAUCAAUGAUGAGAAAACAGCACAGAUUGAUGGAUAUGGAGGAACUCUCCUCUGGUCUCCGUCAAUGACUUCAAUUCUCCUUUCUGCUCCAUUUUAUGGUCAACUUGUUACAAUGACAUUUGCUGGAUACUUAGCGGAUCGCUAUGGACCGAAACUUGCUUUGAUGGGAUCUGUCGUGAAUUGUAUGAUCGGCACAGCGAUGGGUCCAUUUCUGGCUGUUCGUUCAUAUUGGGGUUUUUGGUGUUCGAGAGCGUUGCUCGGAGUUGGACAGACCUUUGUUUUCCCGAGCUGCAACAGCAUGGCCGCCAAAUGGUUUCCACCAGAAGAGCGAGCUACAAUUGGCGCAAUUUACACUUCAGGAGUUCAGGUUGCAGCCGGAUUUACGUCGUUCUUUGUGGCCGCUCUUUGCACUUCACCUCUUGGAUGGCCUUCUAUUUUCUACAGCUUCGCUUUAAUCGGAUUCAUCUGGCUCCUCUUCUGGAAAUUCUUUGUCACUGAUUUACCCUCUGAAAACAAAUGGCUCUCCGAAAGUGAACAGCUCUACAUAGAGAAAUCGACAAACUCGAAGAAGAACUCACAACAUUUUAAAGAACAAGUCUUCCCGUGGAGAAAAAUCCUGCUCAGCCGUGUCACUCAAGCUGUCUAUGUGUCCCAAUUCGCAGCUUUAUCUACCGAUUCACAAGAACGGAGUCUUUAUGAUCACUCCAUUCCUCUCGCAAAUCAUCUCAAAAAACCUUUUGCAUUGAUCAGUGACUAUUUGAAGAGAAAUGGUUAUUUUGAUCCGACCAGUCUUGGAAAAGUCUUCCAAACAUUCAGUUGCCUCGGGGUAGCUGCAAGUCUCCUCGGAAUGAUCUAUCUUCCAUCGUGUGAGAAUUCUUGGGUUGUAAUCCCAAUUCUGACUCUUUAUGGUUCUGCAUUCUCGGCUUCAAUCCCUGGCUCUUUUGCCUCAUUGUUGACUAUUGCUCCACCGUACACUGGAACUGUUUCCUCGAUCGCGAUGGCCUAUUUGACGGUGGCUGGGAUUGGUGCCACGCAAUUAGUGACGAUUUUAGAGUUUCUCGAAUGGCCAAACAAAUGGACAAUUGUUUUUGCCACAGGAGCCGCUUUAAAUGUGUUUUCUUUAAUGGCGUUUUUAUUAUUUGGAGAAAUCAAAAUCCAAGAAUGGGCAGAGCUAAAAGAAGUUGACGCGGAAACUGCCGAAUUGAAAGGAUUAGUUCACAGC